AGCAAAAUGGCGUCCACGCGGUGUACGGAAGUCGAUUUAUUCUUUUUAAAUUUGAAAUAACCCCCGUUCGUUAUGGCAAUGGCAACUACAGAAAAUGCUGUUGAAGACUAUGAACUCCGCUCAUUGUUCAAGAGACUAAAAGUUGACCCGGAAAGACCCAGAAUGAACUCUCGGCAAAGAACAAGAAAAAACAACUGCCAAGGAGAUUGGUACCGGAGCAAGUUUUUAAAAUCAUCAAAGCACUGUAGACGAAUAUCCAAUAAUGAACCGCCUAUGCUUCAAAAGAAAAUUGGUAGUUGGAAGUCUGUGGCCUGGCAUCGAACUCAUAAUCCAAGAUCAGAACCAUACAAAGUGAACAAUAAUUCUGACCUGGAUAAGUUUGAUUCAAACGCUGAGAGUUGCACCAGUGGAGAGGUUCAUAUUAACAGAACAAACGUUAAGCUUAGUUUGCUUUCUAUGAGUGAAUGCGGACGCAUGUUACAUGGAAGGACAGCUAUUAAGAAUGAACCUAUCAUCUGUGGCUCUAAGUUGAAACCACACCGAAGUAGAAGACAUCUAACAAACAAUGCAUUUUGUCAACUGCCAACUAUUGAAGAAGAUCGCUGUCAAGAAGAGGCUGCAACCGCUUCAAUAAACCAAGAGAAUAAUGAGCUUACUCUCCCUGCGCAUUUUAGCAAAAUUGUCAAUUUCAAUUCGUUUGACAACUUAGCAAAAUGCAGGGAUAACAAGACUUCUGAGGACUUACAUCGGAAGAAGAAACGUUGCUCUGACGGGAGCGAGAGUCUGUCCAAAGAAAGGAAUUAUAGUAAAGUUCCUAAAUAUAAUUUCACUGAUUAUAGAACAGAAUGCGAAUCUAAAAUAUCACAAUUUGGUGGCAAGAAAGACGCUAAGUCAAAACAUUUUCCACAGCAGUCUGAUACAUGGAGUUGCGCGCAAGAAGCACGAUUCGCUGAUGAUACCUCUAUGGAAGACUUAGCAGGAUAUUUUGAAAAUUUAGUUUACAUCCCCAAAAAAAUGUCCCCCAUGGCGGAAAUGAUGUACACUUAGUCCUCAUUGGCUGAAUUUUAUCAAGAUAUACAGCAGUUAUACGUUACACAUUGUCUCAGGAUUGCUUUAUACAACACGUCACAUGACCUAAUUAUCAUAUCCUCCUACAGUUUACGCUCUUUGUAGCUGCAUCUCUUUGACUUGGCUAUCGUCAAAAACAUAAUUAUGAAUAUAGGCUGGCGUAUGUAUCAGUACUGAUUUUGCAGCCAACAACUUAAUCGGAAAUGAAUACGCAAGAAUUCUGAAUCAAAUUUCUUUUCUGCAAAGUCUGAUCACGCCUGAGAAAUUGUAUAAAUAUGUAAAUUUUACUGAUUAGGUUCUGAUGCAAUUACUGCUCUGUGUCUAUAAUAAUCCAGUACACAAUACAGGCAGUUGUUGAUGCAAUUACUGCUCUGUGUCUAUAAUAAUCCAGUACACAAUACAGGCAGUUGUUGAUGCAAUUACUGCUCUGUGUCUAUAAUAAUCCAGUACACAAUACAGGCAGUUGUUGAUGCACUUCAAUUACUGAUAUGCUUCAGGUGGUGAUGCGGUGAUACAAUACACUGGCAGAUCAUAUAAAUUUGACGAUGAUCACUGACAGUGUUCUCGCAGGAAACGUUCCUCACAGAUCUGCCAGUUUGCAGUUAAUUACCUCUAUUGUAUUCGUUGUUACGGUAAUUGUACUUGAAUUAUUUAUCCAUAAGUGUGCACUAUAGAGGCCCAAUUCUAUGUAUUCAGUGAAGAACAUGGAUUUAUUUCAAUGGUAAGAUACUCAGUGUUAUUUUUCUAAACACUAACAGGAUUUUUGUAACACUGACGUAUCACAGCACGAUGUACGAUCUGUUAAGGCAGCCUUUCCGAAUAUUAUUUGUACAGCAAAUGCGUCAUUUAGGACUGAAUAGAUUGAAGUUAUAUACAUGCUAUUGUGAGAUGCAUUUGUAUAUACUGGGUCAAUACUGUAUUUACUCCAUUAGUAGCGCAUGUAACAAGUGCUUCUAUUGGAUUGAUGUGCUUUUAAUGGGGCAAAUUACGGUAUGCCCAAUGUCAAUGACCUUUCAAUAGUUAUGUACCUAAUAUCGUUAAAAUCCUGACGUACUGUAAUCCGUGACAUAUUAGCUACCUGAAUAGGGUUCUCCCCAGAAAAACAGCAUAGAGUAUCGAAUAAUUAACAUAACAAUACCAUAUUUUAAUUAACUAUUGUAUUCAUUGUUAUGCUAAAUAUACUCUAUUGUUAUACUAAAUUGGUUCUAUUGUUCAUCCAAAAUUAAACAGUUGGAAACCCCUACUCUAUAAUGCCCUGGGAAGAACCUUGCUGAAAUAUUGAUAAUGGUUGCUUAGAUGUUACCGGUACUGUCUAGAAAUAGCUAUGUGAAUUUUUUGUAAAAUUUUGCGAAAUUAAAUUUGGGUAAAGUGUUAUUUUUAUGCUGAUCAUGCAUCUAUUUUCCUAACAUGACUGUCAUUCACGUCGUGUUUACAGAUGCAUACUUGUAUAUACAAUGAAUUACAAUUUACAGUUGUGAAAAUUGACAACUCCAGUCACAAAGUGUAUUCUUUUUUGUUUUCAAAAUACCCAAGCAUCAUGGGCACCAUGCUUGAAUGGCCUGAGAGACAAACACUGCAGCCACUUGACAAGAUUGUUUAAUUCGCCAAUGCAGCUUAAAACUAUUAUGGUUGUAGCAAUUAUUGAAAUAAUGAAAGUAAACUGCAGAUACUGGAGAAUCUCAUGUGACCAAUCCAGGCUACUAAUCGCAAAACUUUAUCCAGUGUUUUUUUUUUAUUCAUA